AUGCCCAAGUGUUUCUCUUGUAAUAAAACUUUUAAAAACUGGCAAGCAUUGGGUAAUCAAAUUAGAAAACAUCAUGAUAACAGUGAAUCUAAUAAAGGACAAAACCUUGAUGUUUCACUUUUCAACUAUACAAACUUCUCUCAAAGCCAUGAAUCUGUCAAAGAACAGAACAUCAAAUUUUUUAAUUAUGCAAAUGAUUUCUACAGCAGCAACACAUCCAAUAAUGAAUCCAUAGUAUCUGACACAAGCGAUUCCUACAGCAACAUAUCCAAUAAUGAAUCUGCAGUAUCUGAUUUAUUAGACAUAACAAAUACAGACAUUAAUGAAUUCGCUGAAUAUAAUAAUUUAAUUGCUAGAAAAUGGAAAGGCCUUGAAGAUAUAUAUCAAGAAUUUCCAUCAGAGGAAUAUGCAGAAUUUAUGAACAUAAUAACAUGUUUUCAUGUACAAGAUCCACUUGCAAAUGCAUUUAUAAGGUUCUUUAACAAAUAUUCUAAUCAUAAUGACUAUCUCUUACCAUCAUCAUCACUAACUGGGUGGGUGUUCAUUAAAAAUCUUAACCUUCCAAAUUUUGGCUAG